AGUUUCAGGUUAUUUUAUCCAACAGGGAAGGCUUUCUUGAUCUCGGCGACAUUCACUAUAGAAAGUUGAUCGCAAAACCGUCUAUAUCAGUGGAGAUCAGUUGCAAGAUGACUUUCCCUCAUCGCCUAAAGUUUGUAUUGCUUUUGAUGUGUUGUAUGCAACAUGUACUUGCUUCAAACUCACCAAGUGCUUAUGUGAAGAAUACAAGUACCCCUGUCACAACAUCAUCAUAUGUUACCACAGCAUCUACAAUGGCUGUAGUUAACAAUACAGAGUCUAAAGAUGGGACGUCCACCACAGGAACUUCAAUGACGGCGUCAACAAAAGCGUCCGCUACAGCCACAGUAGAACCAACCUCAACAACCCACGAUACAACCAAGUCAUCAAGUACUUCUGUGAAGAUUACAAGUCCCUCUGUCACAAAAUCAUCGUCCGUGUCCACCAUAAGUAAGGCAUCUGCAAAGGCUGUAGUUAACAAUACAGCGUCUAAAGAUGGGACGUCCACCACAGGAACUUCAAUGACGGUGACAAAAAAAGCGUCCCCUACAGCCACAGUAGAACCAACCUCAACAACCCACGAUACAACCAAUUCAUCAAGUACCGAUGUGAAGAUUACAAGUCCCUCUGCCACAACAUCAUCUUCCAUGUCCACCAUUCGUAAUGCGUCUUUCAGCAUAGGCACCGAGUACUCGUCACCAGAUUGCGCAUCUUGCAGCAUUGGAGGAACCAUCACAGUGACCUUGUCAUGUAGCAUCAAGAUUCCACCUAACGACGAUAAGAAAUGUGACAAAGACGAGUUCAAUAAAAUCAGUUGUGGUUACGUUACUAUGGUCGAUAAAAUGUACAGCUGUGCUGACGUGAAAAAGAAUUUCACGUACUAUGGGAAUAAACACUUGAAACCUGUAAAAUGUGGUGACGUUUGCCCAGCUUCCGGCUCAGUGUUGUCCGCUCACCUCGUGCUCAUUUUCUCAUCUGGUAUCGCUGUCAGCCUAUUAUCGCAGCCUCUGUGA